CUUGUUCUUUUUUUUUUACUUAAAAAAUCAAAAAAAUUUCUACUUAAAACCAAAAUUCUAAAAGGAAAAUGGCUUCAUCUUCCAAUGAUAAUCUCGAUGAAGCACUGGACGAAGAAUUUGAUAAUAUUUUCCAGCAAGAAAUGGAUAAUUAUUUGUAUUCAUACGGUGAUCGUCAAGAAGCCACAAAACCGAGGAAAAAAAGGGUAUUUAUUGAAAGACGUCGUGAACAAGGGCACAUCCAGUUAUGGGAUGAUUAUUUCUCAGAAAAUCCAACUUUCUCUCUUUAUCAAUUCCGACGCCGUUUUAGAAUGAACAAGCCCUUAUUCAUGCGUAUUGUUGAUCGACUCUCCGGAGAAAUUUCGUUCUUUCAACAAAGAAGAGAUGCUACCGGAAGGAACGGGUUCUCUGCACUACAAAAGUGUACAGCAGCAAUUCGUAUGCUUGCAUAUGGUUGUGCGGCUGAUGCGGUAGACGAAUACCUCCGGAUUGGUGCAACCACUUCGAUGAAGUGCAUGGAACAUUUUGUUGACGGAAUUAUUUUUUGCUUUGGAGAUGAGUACCUACGAAGACCCACCGCAGAAGAUCUUCAACGGCUCCUCAUUAUUGGAGAUAUUCGAGGAUUUCCCGGGAUGAUAGGAAGCAUCGAUUGUAUGCAUUGGGAGUGGAAGAAUUGUCCCACCGCUUGGAAAGGACAAUAUACACGUGCCUCUGGAAAACCAACGAUCGUUUUAGAGGCUGUAGCUUCCCAAGAUCUUUGGAUAUGGCACGCGUUUUUUGGACCACCAGGUACUUUAAAUGAUAUAAAUAUUCUUGAUCGCUCUCCAGUUUUUGAUGACAUCUUAGAAGGACGAGCACCAGAAGUGAAUUAUAUAGUGAACGGGAAUGAGUAUCAUUUGGGUUACUAUCUCACUGAUGGCAUUUAUCCUAAAUGGGCUACAUUUAUCCAGUCGAUUAAACUUCCACAAUCUCAGAAAGCAUCUUUAUUUGCAAACAAGCAAGAAGGUUGUCGUAAAGAUGUAGAACGUGCUUUUGGAGUUUUACAAGCUCGAUUUGCCAUCAUAAAAAAUCCAGCUCUCACUUGGGAUAAGGUAAAAAUAGGAAAUAUUAUGCGAGCAUGUAUAAUACUUCACAAUAUGAUAGUAGAAGAUGAACGAGAUGGGUAUACUCAGUUUAAUGUAACCGAAUUCCAACAAGCGGAAUCUGCUGGAAGUUCACGGGUGGAUUACUCAUAUUCUACAGAAAUGCCUUCAAAUCUUGUCGAUAUGAUGGCCACUAGAACUCGCCUUCGUGAUCGAGCUAUGCAUCAACAAUUGAAGAAAGAUUUGGUCGAACAUAUAUGGACAAAAUUUUCAAGAAAUCAGCACUAAAAUUAUUGUGCUUUAUGUUAUUUAUGUUAUAUAU